AUGGGAUCCAUAUCGGCAGCUUCGGGAACCACCGUCUUAUCCUCCAAUCUCCGUCGCCACAACAACCAGCGAUCAGGUCUGUACGACCGUCGCCAUGAGAAUCUAUCCGUCGUCUCGUCUUCACAACCGUUUCUUAUGCCGCGGCAGAGAUGGCUCAACGUCACCGAGACGAGGUUGAGAAGAGAGAUUCUGAGGAUGAAUUUCGUCGCCGGAGCUGCUGAUUCCACGAGCUCGUCUCCUUCCGUGGCUUCCGGUGAUAAAACCUUAAUCCCCGAUGAAGAAUUCACUCUAGCUAAGAUUUCAUUUGGUGUUAUUGGGCUAAGUCUCGGGGUUUCGCUCCUCUCGUACGGUUUCGGAGCGUAUUUUAACAUCUUGCCUGGAUCUGAGUGGUCUGCUAUAAUGCUUACGUAUGGAUUUCCUCUUGCUAUAAUCGGAAUGGCACUCAAGUACGCAGAACUCAGACCAGUUCCUUGCUUGAGUUACUCAGAUGCCGUGAAGCUUAGGGAAAGCUGCGCUACUCCUAUUUUAACGCAGGUUAGAAGUGAUGUCACGAGAUACCGCUAUGGAGAUGAACAACAUUUGGAAGAAGCACUAAAACGGAUCUUUCAAUAUGGACUGGGCGGAGGAAUCCCAAGACGUAGUGCACCUAUCUUAACGAUGAUAAGGGAAGAGGUCCUGACCGAUGGUCGUUACUGUUUGGUCCUUGUAUUUGAGGCCAAAGCUCUGAAGUUGUCAGAUUUCGAACAAAGACAGGCGAAAUUCACUUCCUUCUUUGGACCAAACAUCACUGCAGAAGUUGGUGGUAGGGAUUUGAAAAAGGGAAUAUCUCUUAUGGACUGGAUAAGUGAGCUGCCUCAUACUCUACUCUUGAGAGUAAUGUCUUUACUGCCCAGUGCUAAAGGUGUUGUGGUUAAAAUGGUUUUAUCAAAACGAUGGAAGUUUCUUUGGAUGUAUCUGCUUCUGCAUGAGGCCCCAGUGAUAGAGAGCUUGCAUUUCAAACUUUGUGAAAUCUCUGGUGCUGAAGAUAUCCGAGUGUGGAUUAGAGCUGCGAGUAAGUGCUCUGUGCGUGAGCUAAUUUUCGAAUUCGACAGCUCUUUUAGUGAAUCUCCAUCCGUAGUUCCAAGGAUUUUGUACACAGGGUGUACGAUGCUUGUGACGCUGAAACUAAAUAACGUGGUUCUUUCCCAUGUUUCAUCUCCGGUGUCUUUCCCCAUUCUCAAAACUUUGAGUCUUUUAUCUGUUGUGUAUCCUCAUGAACAAUUUGUCUACAGUCUUUUAUCCCAUUGUCAUGUUCUUGAAGACUUGAAGACUGAAAGAAGCCAAUAUGACAAUGUGUCUGUUUUCACCGUGAGAGUUCCUUCUCUAAAGAGAGUGGGUUUUUGUGUCAUUGAGAAUGAAAUGCCUAACAUUGUUGAGGCAAACGUUGACGUUACUUAUCCUCAUCCUGAUGAGUUUCUGAGUUGUAUUACUUCAGUCAAGCGUCUCUUUAUGUGUUUAUCAACCUCAAAGGAUUUGUAUCCUGUUGGUACUGUCUUCAAACGUCUUGUGCAUUUAACGCUAUGCACAUGUAAUAAAGAGUGGUUGAAUAUACUUAUGUCUAUUCUCAGAGACUCCUAA